AUGAUCAGCUCGGUGUGUGUUUCGUCGUAUCGCGGGCGCAAGUCAGGCAACAAACCUCCUUCCAAAUCAUGUCUGAAGGAAGAGAUGGCCAGAGGCAAAUACUCGGACAAAAUCAUUAUCAACGUCGGUGGCACGCGCCACGAAACCUACAGGAGCACUCUCAUGACAUUACCGGGCACACGACUCGCCUGGCUCGCCGACACGGACAAUCCAGACGCAGACGCGGGAAAGACGUCCACCAACGAGUUCUUUUUUGACCGACAUCCUGGCAUAUUCGCCUAUGUUCUGAAUUACUACAGGACUGGUAAGCUCCACUGUCCGGCUGAUGUCUGCGGCCCUCUGUUUGAGGAGGAGUUGGCAUUUUGGGGCAUCGAUGAGACGGACGUGGAGCCCUGUUGCUGGAUGACCUAUCGCCAGCAUAGAGACGCAGAAGAGGCGCUUGAUAUAUUCGAACCACCCGAUCCGGAGGAUGCUGAGGACGACCAGGACUUGCCCAGACGCUUCGGCAUCGAGGACAGCCCUGACCGCUCCAGGGGAUGCUGUGAAGUUUGGCAACCAAAGAUAUGGGCGCUCUUUGAAGAUCCAUAUUCUUCCCGUGCCGCCCGGAUAAUUGCCUUUGUCUCCCUCUUUUUCAUCUUGGUGUCCAUCACUAACUUUUGCCUGGAGACCCUCGAGUCCUUUAAUGAGAUUCAUUAUCAUAAUGAAUCAAUUUUGGAUGGCAACACCACUGUGAUCAUCAGCAACCCAGAGGUGGAGACCAAACCAGUGCUCACUUUAGUGGAGGGAAUCUGCGUGGUGUGGUUUACCUUCGAGUUUCUAGUCCGCAUCAUAUGCUGCCCAGACAAGAAUCGCUUUGUCAAGAACACGCUAAACAUCAUUGACUUUGUUGCCAUUCUGCCCUUCUAUAUAGAGAUGAGUUUAAGUGGCCUCACGUCCAAAGCUGCCAAGGACGUCCUGGGCUUUCUGCGUGUUGUCCGUUUUGUGCGCAUUCUACGGAUCUUUAAGCUAACCCGACACUUUGUGGGUCUCAGGGUUCUUGGCCACACCUUGCGGGCAAGCAUCAAUGAGUUUUGCCUCCUCAUUAUCUUUCUUGCCCUCGGGGUUCUCAUCUUUGCCACUAUGAUCUACUACGCCGAACGUAUCAGCGCAGAUCCCAACGACCCUAGUGGCAGCAGACACACACAUUUCAAGAACAUUCCCAUCAGCUUCUGGUGGGCAGUGGUCACCAUGACAACACUAGGUUAUGGUGACAUGUACCCUAAGACAUGGCUAGGCAUGAUGGUUGGUGCUUUAUGCGCGUUAGCAGGCGUGCUCACCAUCGCCAUGCCAGUGCCCGUUAUUGUUAACAAUUUUGGGAUGUACUACUCAUUGGCUAUGGCCAAGCAGAAGCUGCCCAAAAAGAAAAAGAAGCACAAUCCAAACCCAGACAUGGUGAUGGACUCAGCCUCAUUUGUGAAGUCUGAAAGCAGCUCGCCAAGGAACAGCACACAAAGUGAUACAUGCCCUCUUGCUGCCGAAGAAAACAUCGGAAGAAUCCGCUCUGAUUCAAAGCAGAAUGGCGAUGCUAAUGUCACCCUUUUAGAGGAGGAGGCCUGCAGUCUGACUCAGCCACUCUCACCGAACGAGAGGUGGACACUGCGUUGCUCAUGCAACAGAGAUAAGGCCAGCUUGACAGAAGCAACUUGCUUCCUGUUGACUUCAGGAGACUUUUCUUGCAGACCAGAAUCCACCAUCCACACAGAGAGCUGCAAAGACACAAUCAAGUCUCCGGCAAACUACACUCAAUCAGAAGUCACCACUUUGACCUGAGGGUGGGUGUGGUCCUGAGGUGGUCAUCAACCAAUCACUCAUCUUGUCUCAUUCAUCAAUCAUGCAUCCUCCAUCUCAGUCAAGGGAGUGACACACCUGUUGACAGGUUCAAGUUUAAAUGCUUCUAGUUUCAUCAUCACAUUCAUCUGUCCAUUUUUAAUCCCUCAGACAUGUAUUUGCAUGAUAGAAUUUUGGGUACAAUUGUCCAAAAUGGAUGUUUAAUGUAUUUUAUAUCUAUGGCACAUAAAGUAUAUCAAAUCUAACUUGAAGCAACAAAAAUAUUAUUUUCUUUGUUAAAGGGUUAGUUCACCCAAAAAUAAAAUUCUCUAAUCAUUUACU